AUGUCCGCUAGAAACUUCAUUUCAAAUGAAACUCCCAGGUACCGUGUCUACGUUGGCAACCUACCCAAGAAUUGUUUGCAGUCCUACGUGGAAGAAAUUUUUGAGGGGUGCAAUAUUUCACGUAUAACUUUGAUGCGUGAUAGUAAUACAGACGAAUUUAAGGGCUACGCCUAUGUGGAACUAAGAGAUGAGAACUCCUACAAUAAGGCGCUAUUGUGUGACAAGACGAUUGUCAACAAACGGGAAAUACGCGUAAAUGAUGCAGAAAGAGGCGGUAAGUCUUGGAUAUGCUUCUUCCGCGCAACCGUGGCGGCCGCGGUCGUGCUGAUUUUAACGGAAGAGCUGCGGUUGCUUGAACUUCGUGUCUGUUUUCUAAUAGGUAAUUUGCGUGGCGGUGGUCGACAAGCUGGGAUUGGUGGCAACGGAUUUGGCAAUCGUCCGCGUCCAGGAGCUUAUCGUCCGCGUGUUCAGCCGGGUGCUGCUGGUUUUCUUGAUGAAUAUUCCGCACCUCCACCCAGCAACCGUUCGGGUGGCGGAUAUAUACCUCCGCCAAACUUUGAUGCUGCUGAUCGUCCACGUCUCUCCCUCAAACCACGGUCUACUCCGGUUAAUGUAGAUACUCAAGAACGUGAGCUUUCUGAGCGAUCGAAAGCUAUUUUUGGGGUCGGUAAACCUCGUGAUCCCAGUCCUUCAAGGUGUGUUUGUUGA